UCUGCACACAGACCAGACUUAAAAGCAGAGUCAGUUUGUUUCACUCUUUAGACUAGCAGAACCUGUUUGUUCCACUCUUUAGACUAGCAGAACCCGUUUUGUUCCACUCUUUAGACUAGCAGAACCCGUUUGUUCCACUCUUUAGACUAGCAGAGCUCGUUUGUUCCACUCUUUAGACUAGCAGAACCCGUUUGUUUCACUCUUUAGACUAGCCCAGGUAGUCCUGCAGUAAUGGAGCCUGGGUCGACCGUGAGUGCAGUGAGGAGUAGCAGGGUUCUGUGUGGCACAGAGAUACGGCCUGCUCUGAUUGUCAUCAAGGAGGGAAAGAUACACAAAAUCCUCCCAAACUCCAGUGGUUCUACUGGGGAUACUGCUGCUGGCUCUGAGGUGUUGGAUGUGGGAGACCAUCUGGUGAUGCCUGGUAUCGUGGACUGUCACGUCCAUGUGAAUGAACCGGGUCGCACCACCUGGGAGGGAUUCUGGACCGCCACGAGGGCCGCUGCUGCAGGAGGGGUCACUACCAUAGUGGACAUGCCCCUCAACAGCAUCCCGCCGACCACCACCCUGGAUAACUUCCAUGAGAAGAUGGCAGCAGCGUCGGGAAAGUGUUUUGUAGACACUGCCUUCUGGGGAGGGGUCGUCCCUGGCAACCAGCUGGAGCUGCUUCCUAUGAUCCGGGCUGGGGUGGCUGGUUUUAAAUGUUUCCUGAUCCACAGUGGAGUUGAGGAGUUCCCUCAUGUGACUGACGGAGAUCUGCACAUCGCCAUGAAACAGCUACAGGGCACAGGAAGCGUUCUCCUGUUUCAUGCUGAGAGGGAUGUCCCCCUGCCAUCAGGGAAAGAAGAGAGGGAUACCCCCCUGCCAUCAGGGAAAGAAGAGAGGGAUACCCCCCUGCCAUCAGGGAAAGAAGAGAGGGAUACCCCCCUGCCAUCAGGGAAAGAAGAGAGGGAUGUCCCCCUGCCAUCAGGGAAAGAAGAGAGGGAUACCCCCCUGCCAUCAGGGAAAGAAGAGAGGGAUACCCCCCUGCCAUCAGGGAAAGAAGAGAGGGAUACCCCCCUGCCAUCAGGGAAAGAAGAGAGGGAUACCCCCCUGCCAUCAGGGAAAGAAGAGAGGGAUGUCCCCCUGCCUUCAGAGGAAGCAGACCCCAAGGAGUACUCCACCUUCCUCAAGUCCAGACCAGAUGUUAUGGAGUUGGAGGCCAUUCGAACUGUCACUGAGCUCUGCCUGAAAUACCAGGUGCAUUGCCACAUAGUGCACCUGUCCUCUGCCCAGCCCCUGGCUCUGAUCCAGGCUGCGAAGCAGGCCGGAGCCCCUCUGACGGUGGAGACCACCCAUCACUACCUCAGCCUGUCUGCUGAACACAUCCUUGCUGGGGCCACACAGUUCAAAUGCUGUCCUCCCAUCAGAGGGGUAGCUAACCAGGAGCAGCUGUGGUCUGCCCUGAAGGCUGGUCAGAUUGACAUGGUUGUGUCAGAUCACUCCCCCUGCACACCAGACCUGAAGAGAUUGGACAGUGGGGAUUUCACUCAGGCUUGGGGAGGGAUCUCCUCCUUACAGUUCGGUCUGUCUCUGUUCUGGACGUCAGCCAGUAAGAAGGGUUUCACUCUGCCAGACGUGGUGAGGCUCCUCUGCCAGCGCACUGCACAACUCUGUCGCCUUGACAACCAGAAGGGGAGCCUUGUUCCCGGUCACGAUGCAGACCUGGUCAUAUGGGACCCAGAGAAGGAGUUUGAGGUGAAAGACGCAAGUAUACAUCACAAAAAUAAGCUAACUCCCUACCUGGGCCUGACGUUGCUUGGGGAGGUGAGUGUCACCAUCGUCCGAGGCAGAGUGGUGUACAAGCAGGGUUCCUUCUCUCCUACGCCCCUGGGGAAGCAUCUCCUCCUCCCCCAGGGGACGACCCAGGUCUCCCUGUGUGAUGGAGAGAAGACCGAGGGGACCCAGGCCUCACGGUGAUGGAGAGAAGACCGAGGGGACCCAGGCCUCACGGUGAUGGAGAGAAGACCGAGUGGACCCAGGCCUCACGGUGAUGGAGAGAAGACCGAGGGGACCCAGGCCUCACGGUGAUGGAGAGAAGACAGAGGGGACCCAGGCCUCACGGUGACUCCCUGGAAAACAGUGGCAAGACAUGUUACCGAGGGGACAAUCCUGGCUAAAUAAAUACAAUACAAUUAAAUAAAUGGACCAUGGGGGGGGGGGGGGGGGGGGACAGUUCAGAUGCUUGACUGUUGUUUUAAGAUGUUUUAAUAAACAAAGUAAUCUCUUUCAAAA